GAAUUGUUGAGUAAACAAUAACAUAUAAAAAAGAGCGAUAUUUCAGAAUAUCCUCAGGGAAUGGCGGUAAUAUUUUUUUGUUUUAGGUUUACUAAAUUUUGGAGCGAGCAAUCAGGGGCGAAUCCAGGAUUUUUCAAAGGGGGGCGUAGAAUAGAAUCUUUUUUGACCUUUUUUUGGCUAAAAAACAUAAAAUAAGUGUAAAAUGCACUAAUUUAACGGUUCCUGACGUGGAGCAUGUAUAUUUUAUAGUUAAAGUGUAAGGGUUGGACAUUUUUGAUGCCGUAUUCUCCCCAUUAAUUGACUAGAUAUACGGCCAUUCAAUACAAUUUACAAUACAACCGACACGAAGAAAGACUAAAAAGCAAUUUUUAUCCAAAUGUAUGGUUGAAAUGUUUCACCCAACAAGGGAAGUGAAUGGUUCCAAAUCAACCAAAGGCUAAGAAUGAGUCUGAAAUGACAAUGAAGUUGUGAAUGACGGUCGAGAAAUGGAGACGUAAAGGCCACACCCAGUAGGCAGGUUGCAGUCGGUCUUUGAAAAAAGUACUCAGUAUACCAGUUCGGCGAAACAGACAUUCCGGUCACAUCCCUCUCUUUAGUCUAAACUCCUUUUAAAAACAUUAAGAAACACAAGAAUAGUAAUUCAAAUACCAACAAGAGUUUAGGCACGGACCACUUGAUUUUCUGAGGGUGGCCUGGAAUUUACAUGCGAACCAAACAAAAACAUUUCGCCCGUUUUUUAUACAUUUAAUGCUAAAUAAUUUUGUUGGAAAUGUUUUUUCUGAUAGCUAAAAAGUUGGCAAGAUUAUUGUUUUCAACGCAGGUACGACCAGAAUUUUUUUAAAUGCAAAAAUCAGGGCCAGAAUUUUUUUUCUCUAAAAUAUCUCAGACCCCCACCACCGAAAAUCAAAUGUUAUUAAUGGGCUGGGGCGUGUGGGGUUAAACAUGUUUUCGUAGGUAAAUAUUAUAGCUGUGGAACUUUUUUUUAUCAUGUGAGUGUAAUAGAGUAUUACCUUCUGUUGGGUGAAAUUGUAAAAUAGGAGUCAGUACGUCCUUGCUCCAUCCUUUGUCGCUUUGAAGGCGUCAUGCUUUUCAUCCUCAGCUUUAGCAAUGUGUUACUGUAAUUUGAAUUUCAAAAUGACUGAGUGACGUUUUUUCGACGUACUGGUCAACUCCACGGUAGCGAAUCACGUGACUUUGACAUAAUCAAUAAUAUAUUACACGUAAAUACGAGCGAAUAAUAUCUUUAAAGUAACGAAUUGUCACAUAAAAUAUACGGGAAAUGGCAAAGUUAACGAAAUUUAGUCUGAUUAAUCAUUUUACAGUCUUAAUUAAAAAAAAGAAAAGAAAAAAAAGUGCAAGUAAAUGGGAGGGGGGCGUACGCCCUUUAGCAAUCAACAGAGCUAUGAAUCAAUUUGGAGCGGUCUGAUUAUUGUAUGCCUUGGAUAUGCGCAAAGAGGGUGGAAUAAAUAUUUAUGAACUCUGGGUAUUGCCAUAUCGUUCAUGGGGCCUCGGUGGCCGAGUGGUCUGAGUAGUUACUACUGUAAUCACUAGCCAGUCAACACUUUGGUUGUGAGUUCGAACCCCGCUCGUGCGGGUGCACUCGACUCCAAUCUUAAUUGACUAGGAUUGUCAGUUUUCCUAUCGAAGGUCGGUGGUUUUCUCCGGGCACUCCGGCUUCCUCCACCAAUAAAAACUGGCCGCCACGAAAUAGCCCAAAAGCGGUGCUUAAAAGUGGCGUUAAAACACAAAAAAUCAAACAUCAAAAACCAUAUCGUUCACUGUAGGUGGGUGGUGGUGGUUGAUAAAAGCGUACAUGCCAUACGUUCAGGGUUUUUGUACAAUUUGUAUAUCUAAAAUGGUACAUUUUUAGGCUGGAAUUAAAUACUUUUUUUUUUUUGCUUUUCCUAAGAUAACUGGGAUAUUUGUAAAAGUUUAAUGUUAAACAAUCUGUACAUGUAAUUAAUUUCAACUUUUAAAUUCAAGGAAGGGCUGUGAAAUGUGAUAGUCGUGCUGAAAUCGAAUUUCCGUUCCUGAAAAAAGCGGGACUAUUGGCUCCAAACAUUCGGAGUUGCAUAUCCACUUGAGUAAAUGUUAAAAUAUAUAUACUGUAAUACGGUGCUUUGCUUUUGCGCCAAUUUGCAUUUCAUUUGCGCCAAAAAAUUCUUCAUUUGCGCCCCAAACCAUAUUUCAUUUGCGCCAAUAAUACAGGUAAAUACAGGUAAAUAGUAUAAAAAAUAGAUUUAUUCAAAAGAGACUUUUAAUAAUAACUUUAAAACAUAGUUUUUGUAUGCAUAAUAAAACAUAUUCAUCCGAAAUCAGUCAUCAUAACCAUAAUGAAAGCAGUAUACACUGAUUAAUUCUUAAAAGAGACUUUUCACAAUAAUGUUAAAUCACAGUUCUGUUAUAAACUAACGUGAUCAUUAAAUGAAAAGAAAGCACCAUACAUUGAAAUAAAAUUACGAGUCUGUUCUAAGCACUAUACACUGAAGUAAAACUAAAGAAUAUAAAAAGGAUAUAUUAAAUCUUUCUGUUUGUCUGUCUGUCGUAGACUGUCAAAUAUAUAACUUGUAUGGCAAUGUUUUUUGACAGACAAGACAUUGUGUAUUUGCAUUGCUUUUUAUUUCUGAAGUGAAAAUAUUUACCCAAUCGAAAAUUUUGAAUGCUAAAAAAAUCAAAACCAGACGCGCGUUUCGUCCACAGUGGUAAUCUAUGUGCUAGAACAUACUUAGUUUUUUUUUCGAAAAAAUCAAUUUUUUGUAAACAGUUUAACUUAUAAUUAUGACCAUAUCAUAAUAAUUCAUGUCAACGCAGAAGUGUUGACUACUGGGCUGGUGAUUCCCUCGGGGAGGAAAAUUCACCAGCAGUAGCAUUGACCCAGUGGUUGUAAAAAAAACUCAUCAUAGAUACCAGGAUUAAAACUUUGCACGCCAGACGCGCGUUUCAUCUACAAAAGACUCACCAGUGACGCUCAAAUAAAAAAAGUUAAAAAGGCCAACUUAAUUUAUUUUUUAAAUCGAAUAUUCACGUGAUACACUUUUUGUAAUAUUACUACAUUUGUGCUUUAAUUAAGAUUUUUGCAUUUGCUAAUUAGCGUUUCAAUAUUGCAUGUGUGUAUCCAAAUAUUUGCAAUUUGCAUAUAUGUUAUUCAGUAUGAGAUUCAAAGUAUAGAAAAAAAGUCUAAAUUCAAGGAGCUUCAAUCGCUCGUGGACGUUGCCUCUAUAAUAUUUUUCUCAGAUUUCAAAAAGAAUAUGGCCCAAGCUAGUCAUAAAAAAUGUCGUCAUAUUUGAGAGUAGUUUCGCACUAACAAAUACAUUUUUAUGUUCCGCAGUCCAAUGGUUCAAUUUCUUUUUGUACUUUAAGGAAGUCAAAAAAGGGGGGGGGGGGGGGGGGGGGGGUUAAGAAUUAUUUAAAAUUUGACAAACAUUAGUCUAUAUCGUGCUAUUUUCUAAAUUAUAAUAAAAAGUAUUGCCCACACACCUUGUUUUCAGUCUACUGAUUGUGAACAAUUGACACAUUUUAUUAAGAUUAUACAAGGAAAUAUCAUUAGUAUUUAUAUAGAAAGAUUACUAAAUGACAUUAUUUUGAUAAAAAAAAAAAUGACAAAAGCUCUUAUAAAUUUUUAAAAUUAAAUUAAAAGGAAAAAUAGGAUCUCAUAGGAUAUCAUCGUCCCUAGUCUUGUUUUAUAGCAAAAUAGAAAAAAUUGCUUUACAUUUUUUUUUUUUAAAUUGAAUAAUCUGAGUUUCUCCCCCUUACAUAGCAGUUGUAAACAUUUUUUAUCAAUAAAAAACUGUAUUUGUAAAACCAAGUGUUAUCAUAAAAUAAAAUCGCAUAAUUUUCUAAACUUACAUGAAUAAUAUAAUGAAUAAAUUGCAUUCCUUAUUCAAAAUUUGCUAAUUUCUUAAAAAAUCUGGACCGAUCAUUUUCUGUUUUGUGUGAUCCAAGAUGGCGAACGACCCAAAUACUACCUUAGAUAUAAAGUUUUUUUUUAGAAUGGUGCAUAAGAAUUGAAAUUUGUCAUAUUAAUUUUGUUGGAAUGUUUAAGCUACACAAGAACUUUCUGCCAAGGUCUUAAGAAGAUACAAUGAGGAGACAUAAAGUGGAUGGUAGGAAAAGAAUAUUUGAAGGUAGAAGAAAUUGGAAAACUUGUUUCGAAUCAACCAUGAACCACCAAAGACAUAAGAGACCUAUGGAAUUCAAUGGAAAAAAUGGUAAAUAUAAUAAGCCUCACAAUUUCAAUGAUGGUACAAGAGAUUUACAAUCAAAAGAAGACAGGCGUUCUGGAAUUAAUCGAGAUUUCAAUCACGUUGGAACAACACGGCAUGAAUUUAACAACACGUUGAUGCAUUCUAACGGUAGUCGACUAGGAGAUGAUAGACUAGAAUCGAGAUGGCUUACUGAGCACAAUGGAAGGGGAAAUAUUGGACGUCGUAAUCCCCAUUUUGAUAAAGGAAACAAAAACUCUUACACCAGAAACGGUACCCGUGACGAAAAAAGAGGUAUAAAAAAUGAACAAAAUUGGCAAGACAGAAGAGAUAAACAAAACACAGGAUUUAAUUUGUUUAACAGAGAAUGUGAUUAUCAAGAGCAGGGAGAAUAUAGGAAUACGCGCUUUACUGAUUGCCAAAACCGGGAUAGACAAAAUAGAGAAGAGAUUUCACAUUCCUUCAAUAGACCGUGUCAAUUAGACAUUGAAAGGCAUGGCCAAGCAAAAGAUUACCAAAGGGACAAUUUUGCUGAAAGUGGUAGUUUUAAUACCCUUCGUAGUGGGAGAUAUCAAGAGAAAAAUUUGGAUGCAGAUAUUACUUUUGGUGAAGUUUUGAGCCAAAAGAUGUUACCAGAUAGACAUGAAGAAAUCAAGCAAGGAGAAUGUGAAUUUUCACCAGUGUCAUCUGAAACCAUUGAAGAAUAUUCCAUUGAAGAUAAAGUUUCUAUUUUACUUAAUAUCAUUUUAGAAAAUGGAGGAGAAAUUGAAAUUGAAGAACUUCAAAAAGAUUGUUUUGAGACAUUUGGGCAAAGUAUAGAUGAAGACAAAGGUGAUUUGAAAACAUUCUUAGAGAAUUAUCCAAAGGUGUUUGAAUUUGCUACUGAAACAGUUGAAGAGGCAGAAGAGGGUGAAUCCCCCGAGGAAACUGGAAGAGUUCGCGCCAAAACAGAGGCCUCACUAUGCCAAGCUCAUUCAAAUGAUCCAAAAUCAUGCAACGGAGGUUGUAAUGCCCUUCAUAUUUGCAAAUUUUAUAUUCUUAGCUCCUGUGAAAUGAACAAAUGUAAAUUUAUUCAUAACUUUGAUAAUGAGCACAAUAAGAAAGUAAAGCGAAAGUUUUAUCUUCACCGAGUUAAGUUACCAAACAUAUGUCGAUUACUUCAGCAUGAUAAUAACAGAUGUAGAGUAACCGUCCCUGUAAUCUGUCGAUACUAUAAUGCUGACAAAGGAUGCAGGAGUGGCGACAGUGGUAGGAAUCAACAGUCGCCUCGAAAAUGUCCAUUUUUGCAUCUGUGUAGCAAUUAUGUUGAUGGAAAGUGUUACGCUGGUUUAUGUCGUCAAAACCACAGUUUAUUAGAAGGACCUGUGCUUGAAAUACUGGUUAAGUAUAAUCUGGAUCCGAGGGAAUGGAAUCAAGGUGAGACGAGAAUAAUGUCUUUAUUGCGUUGGUCUUCAAAUGAUUUUAAAGAGAAUAACAAGAAUCGGUCCAUUCCAUAUAAAGUCGAGAAAGGGUAUAAUGACCUAUCUUACGAAAAACUAACGAGAAAGAGAAAGUUGUUUGGCGAGGAACAAACUGUCAGCUUAGCAGUCAAAAUGCCGAAAAUUUCAGAUGUAAGAUCCUUUUCAACUAAUGAUGAAUGUCCCGUUGAAAAUCAAAGUUGUUCAUGGUCUGUUUCUGGUGGUAAUGUAAAUGAAGACAUUCCAGACGAUAUAGGCACAGAUCUUGAAGACAAGCACCAAAAAUACUUGCUCGCAAAGACGGCAACAGUAAAAUUCAAAGGAAAAAGUUUUACUGUUGAUUUUGAGACGCUAAAAGGACGGUUUGAUGGAAGCACAGUAGAGGUAAAAAUACACAGAAAUGUUUUUCACAAGAAGUAUUCCGACAAAAAAAUUAGGAUACCGUCAGACCAGUUAGAAACAACUACAUCAGAAGAUGGAUACUCAUCAACCAGUACCGAGGAGUCCGUUUGCAAUGAUCCAUUUGAAAAGGUCAAAGAUGCUGAGUUCAUAAAGAUUUGAAUAUUGACUGAAAUUAGUCAAUUUUAAUACUGUACUUGUACAUAGGUUUCUCAACAGAAACUAUUGUUUCAUUUUUUACAUUGACUCUGAAAUGUGUAUUAUCAAUGUAUAUCACGAACAAAUUUUGUCAUUGACCGUUUUUUAGUUUCAUCAAAUACGAUAAUACUUUUUAUCCAAUGGAAGGGAGAUUUACUUUCGUUUAUUAUAUUUUUAAGAGAUGUUUAAUUUUACAACAUCAAAAAACCACUGAAUUUAAAAAGUAUUAUGACAGUGUAAAUAUUGGUUUGCUUCACAUCGACUAUGAAUAAUGUUCUUUUAAUACCAUUAGCGCACAACAAGAUAUGUGUUCUUUUAGUAGUACGACGUCGUUAUAGUGAAAUGUAUUCGUUGGUAUACACAUCAACAUAACUUUUCUCGUAUACAUUUUAAUUUGACAGUUAACAGAGUUGCAUAUGGAAGGAUAUUAAUUUGUCCAACUUUUUAAUAUACAGUUAUGAGGCAAGAGUGAAAACAAUUGAAAAGAUUAUUUUCUGUGUCAAGGAAAAUAGAGAUAUUAAAAAGAAAAUGAAAAAAAGGAAAUACAUUUUCAUCUUCGAGAUACGAGUAGUACUAAAAAGUAUCCUACAUUUUGAAAAAAUGUUAAAAAAGCGAAAAAAAUAUAUACAAAUCAGAUCAAGCGUUAUUCCAUUUUUUAGUAAAAUAACAUGUAUGCUUGAUUCGAUAGGUAUAGUACCUGUGUGUAAAUAUAGGAUAAAUCACGAAAGGAAAAUGAUGACACGAUGUUUGCUUAACAGCAAGAAAAGGUAAAAAAAAAAUGAAAGCAAGAAGUAGAAGACAAAGAAACAAAAAAAAGGAAAAAAAAAUUAAAAAGAUGAAAAAAAUCAACACUGAAAUAAACGGAAAAAAUAAGUAUGUAAAUAAAAAAAGUAUUUAAUUCUUUGUAGGUGAAAUCAACUAUGCAAAUAGGUAUCCCAUCCAACAUGUUUUAUACACUAGCAGAAAAUAUUUUUGAAUGGUAUUUAACAUGCCAACUACUUGCAGAUAAAAAAUGUAAAAAAAAAACUUUCUUGUAACAAUUUGUUGCAAGUACGAUAACCCUACACAGUUCAUAUCUGCUUAUUUCACACAAAACAAUGUUUUAUAUACAUUGUAUAAUAUUGUGACAGUUUUGAACUUUAAAUAAAUGCUAUUAUGAUGGAAAGAUCAAUUCACAAUGUGAAAAAUGGUUUUAAAGAUGUAUAUCGAUGCAUGGUGAAAAUGUUCAGCAAAAAAAAAGACAUGGAAAUGAAAUUAAACUACUUUAGUUGGAUUCAUCUGAUAGAUAAACAAAUAUACAUGGUCAUUAUAUUGGGCUUACUUAAAAGGUAGUUCAACAAUGUUUGUGUUUUCAAAUCUUUUAAAAAUUGAGAAAACGUACGGUUCGAAGCAGGGUAAUUAUGUGAAUGAAAUAUAACAAACAUAGCUAUUAAAUGAAAUUCUGCGAUUAUGCAGAACAGGAACAACAGAAACGUGUAAUUGCUUAAAUUAUGAUUAUUAUAUUCUUAAAGGAUACGUGUCUCAUUUUUUCAAACACAUGAUUACGUCUGUAUUAAACGUGUGAAAGUAGAUAGCAUACUAUGAAAUUAUAAAUAAAGUGUAUCUUUCUA